AAGAAGUCAGGCUAGGCUACUCCAUCAACUUUGAAGCACCGGGUGAAAGUUUUUACAAUUAUAGAAAACAGCAUAUCAUACCGAAAAUUAAAUGAACCAUCUUUAGAUUUAUAAGUAUGAUAUUACGUUUGAGUUUCACCUGAGCUCGGGACAUUCCUUGCUUAGCGCCUCAAGCUUUCCGUGUAAAGUGGAUUUCUCAAACUUUACGGCUGGGAACUGAAUCAGGAAGUAAUAUCAAGUUAAAAUGGGGAGUAAGGAGCGCUACCACUGGCAGACCCAGAAUGUUAAGAUCAGCGGGGUGGACGACAUGGUCCUGCUCUCCAAGAUCAACGAGGAUGCCAUCACUGACAACCUCAAGAAGAGAUACAUGGACGACUACAUCUUUACCUACAUAGGGUCGGUGCUGAUCUCUGUCAACCCCUUUAAACAGCUGCCCUACUUCACUGACAGAGAGGUGGAGCUCUACCAGGGAGCUGCCCAGUAUGAGAACCCCCCUCACAUCUACGCCCUGGCUGACAACAUGUACCGCAACAUGAUGAUCGACUGUGAGAACCAGUGUGUCAUCAUCAGUGGAGAGAGUGGAGCAGGAAAGACCGUAGCAGCAAAAUACAUAAUGGGCUACAUCUCCAAGGUGUCGGGCGGAGGUUCCAAAGUCCAGCACGUAAAAGACAUCAUCCUCCAAUCCAACCCUCUCCUGGAGGCCUUUGGGAAUGCCAAGACCGUGCGCAACAAUAACUCCAGUCGCUUUGGGAAGUACUUUGAGAUCCAGUUCAGCCGUGGAGGAGAGCCAGACGGAGGGAAGAUCUCCAACUUCCUGUUGGAGAAGUCCAGGGUGGUGUCACAGAACCAGGGAGAGAGGAACUUCCACAUCUACUACCAGCUCCUGAUGGGUGCCACUAAAGAGAUGAGGGAGAACCUUGGUGUCACCACACCUGACUACUACCUCUACCUGAACCAGUCUGGCACCUACACCGUGGAGGAUAUCAACGAUAAGAAGGAAUUCUCUGACACCAUGGAGGCCAUGUCAGUGGUGGGCCUGUCUGUAGACGAGCAGGACAUGGUGCUGCAGAUCGUAGCAGGCAUCCUGCAUCUGGGCAACAUCGCCUUCAGAGAGGAGGGAAACUACGCUGUGGUGGAGAGUGAGGACUUCCUGGCGUUCCCGGCCUACCUGUUGGGAAUCUCCCAGGAGGGUCUGAAGAACAAGCUGACCAGCCGGAUCAUGGACAGCAAGUGGGGGGGUAAGACAGAGAGCAUCGCUGUCACCCUGAACACAGAGCAGGCCUCCUUCACACGGGACGCCCUCUCCAAAGCUCUCUACUCACGCCUGUUUGACUUUCUCGUGGAUUCUAUCAACAAAGCCAUACAGAAAGACCAUGAGGAAUUCAACAUUGGGGUGCUGGACAUCUAUGGCUUUGAAAUCUUCCAGAAAAAUGGCUUUGAGCAGUUCUGCAUCAACUUUGUGAAUGAGAAACUGCAGCAGAUUUUCAUUGAGCUCACGUUAAAAGCUGAGCAGGAGGAGUAUGUGCAGGAAGGGAUCAAGUGGACGCCAAUCGAGUACUUUAACAACAAAAUCGUGUGUGACCUCAUUGAGUCCAAACUGAACCCCCCAGGCAUCAUGAGUAUCUUGGACGAUGUGUGUGCCACCAUGCAUGCUAAGGGCGAGGGCGCAGACCAGACUCUGAUCCAGAAGUUACAAGGGGGAAUCAGCUCCCAUGAGCACUUCAACAGCUGGAAUAAAGGCUUCAUAGUGCACCACUACGCUGGCAAGGUGUCCUAUGACGUCAGUGGCUUCUGUGAGAGGAACCGAGAUGUGCUCUUCAAUGACAUCAUUGAGCUGAUGCAGAGCAGUGAAUUUGCCUUCAUAAAAACCAUUUUCCCAGAAAACCUAGAGGCAGAGAAAAAGGGCCGUCCUACCACCGCCAGUAGCAAGAUCAAGAAACAAGCCAACAACCUGGUCCAGACUCUGAUGAAGUGCACCCCCCACUACAUCCGCUGCAUUAAGCCCAACGAGACCAAGAAGCCUCGGGACUGGGAGGACUCUCGGGCCAAACACCAGGUGGAGUACCUGGGCCUGCGGGAGAACAUUCGUGUGCGCCGCGCCGGGUACGCCUUCCGCCGAGCCUUUGCCAAGUUCCUGCAGAGGUACGCCAUCCUGACCAGGGAGACGUGGCCCCAGUGGACAGGGGAGGAGAGGAAGGGGGUUCUCCACCUCCUCCACUCUGUCAACAUGGACCAGGACCAGUACCAGCUGGGAAAGACCAAGAUCUUCAUCAAGGCCCCAGAAUCAUUGUUCUUGCUGGAGGAGAUGAGGGAAAGGAAGUAUAAUGGAUAUGCUCGGGCCAUCCAGAAGGCCUGGCGCAAACACAUCGCCGUCCGCAAGUACGUCAAGAUGAGAGAAGAAGCCUCAGACAUCUUACUGAAUAAGAAGGAGAGGAGGAGAAACAGCCUCAACAGGAACUUUGUGGGCGACUACAUCGGCACCGACAACCACCCCGAGAUCCGGCAGUUCGUGGGCCGCCGGGAGAAGAUCGAUUUUGCAGAUGUGGUUGCCAAAUAUGACCGCAGGUUUAGGACUGUGAAGCGUGACCUCAUCCUGACCCCUAAGUUCCUGUAUCUGAUUGGUCGGGAGAAGGUGACGCAGGGACCAGAUAAGGGGCAGAUCCACGAGGUUCUGAAGAGACAGAUAGAAGUGGAGAAGAUUCAGUCAGUCUCUCUCAGCACCCUGCAGGAUGACUUCUUCAUCAUCCAUGAGGAGCAUUACGACAGUGUCCUUCAGUGCAUCUUCAAGACGGAGUUCCUCAGUCUGCUCUACAAACGUUAUGAUGAGAAGACCCAGAGGAAGCUACCGCUCAAGUUCAACAACCUACUGGAGUUUAAGGUGAAGAAGGGAGGUUGGGGGCCGUUCUCAGCGGCUGGCUCCAGGCAGAUCCAGUUCCAGCCGGGCCAAGGAGACGAGGUGGUUGUGAAGCCCAGCAGCAAGGUCCUCAUAGUCACCAUCGGACCCGGGCUCCCUAAGAACUCCAGACCGACCCGCAGGGACAACAGGAAAAGUCGCUACAUGGGCAACCAGCCUCCAGGCUCGCGACAGCAGUCACAAGGCGCCCCCAGGGGCAGAGGCCGAGGUGGAGGUGGUGGUCAGCGGGGUGGGCCGCCCUCGUCCAGGGCGUCCAGAGUCUCUCUGCUCCGCCGGCAGUCCAGUAUGGAGCAGCCCACACUACCCCGACAACAGGGGUCCCGGCAGACCAACAACCGCUCCAACAACCAGAGCCAGGCAGACACCGCCUUCAUGAACGUGCCUGACCAGGGAGUGGCUGGUCUUCAUCGUAGACUCUCGAAGGAGGUCAAGCCUUCCCCAGGAGCGGGCCGCCCCAAGCCUGCCCCCAAGCCCAAGCCUCGCUCCCCAGAAUGCCGAGCGCUGUAUGCUUACGAUGCCCAGGACACUGAUGAGCUGAGCUUCAACGCGGAGGAUGUCAUUGAAAUCCUCACUGAAGAUCCAUCAGGCUGGUGGUUCGGUCGUCUUCGUGGGAGAGAAGGCAUGUUUCCUGGGAAUUAUGUAAAGAAGAUCUAGGCUGGAGCUAUGAGGAACAUGUCCAAGGAGAGCGAGGUGUCAGGUGGCAACAGUUGAAUUACAGCCAUACCAAGUGCAUUACUACAGAGACAAAACAAAAAACCAUAAUCAAAGCAUUUCUCCAUACCAUCUCUCUUUGGAGUCAGAGACAAGGGAACGUGAUGAUUUUUGCCAAAGAUGGUUUCAAGUGCAAAUACUACUAACUUUUAUCAAUGGAUUUUAUCUAUUGUUUUAGAAGGGGAAAUCUUUUUUUAAGGCUGAACAAAUUGUUUUAUCCGGCAUCUUUUUAUAGACAUUUACCUCUUGAGUGUUGAAAUAAAUCUUAGUUUUAUUUGCUCUUUCACAUUUGUUUAAUAUAUAGGACCAAAUGGCCAUAAUAAUCUCAGUUCAGGUGGAGUUGGGAUAGAAUGGGUAAUUGGCCAAAAGAUUAUAGACAAGAUAUAUAUUGUAAAAUAUAUAUUAUUGGUGUAUUUUAUGUGGUUCUCAACGUCUUAGGUAGAUAUUUCUCAAUCCUAUGUCAGUGAAAAUUUGUAAGGCUGGGUUUACACAGUCAGCCCAAUUCUGAUCUUUUGCCCAAUUAUUUGCAAAAGAGCUGAUCUGAUUGGUCAAAAGACCAAUUAAUGGAAAAAUAAUCCGAAUUGGGCUGCCUGUGUAAACCCAGCCUUACCGAUCUUCACUGAUAUAGAAUUGUGAAAUAUCUACCUAAGAUGAUGAGAACCAUAUCAGACUUCAACAGAGCCUACCAUUUCCCAUUUUUUAUAAUAGGCUACAGUGGUCCUCUGUAGCUCAAUUGGUAGAGCAUGGCGCUUGUAACGCCAGGGUAGUGGGUUCGAUCCCCGGGA